AGCCCACUUUCAAACACUUCGCUUAAUUAAAUGCGAAACAUGAUCUUGAAAGUGUUUAAUUAGAAAAGUUGUUGCGAAAAAUGAUUACAGACCCCCUUGAAAGCAAAGUUUUUCUUAUGUUAAUGUAUUAUUUUGUAGCUCCGCCCACUUUUCAGGUUGGCCAAUCGCAGCGUCAAAGCGGUACAGUUGGUAAAUUCACUUUGCGUACACGCGCAACGCAUUACAAUGUGUAAACACAUUUUAACGCCUAAUUUUAACAAAAGAUACAAAAUUCAAGAUAAUUGAAGUGGGAGUAAAAAUAAAAUUUGGGGAUUCAAUCCAAAAUAAGCUUCGAAAAGCAGUUGGAAUAAAAUCAUCCGUUUAGAAAGCUGUACGCACUUCGAUUUUAGCCAGUGUACACGGCCGCAAAGUCGCUUGUUAAAAAUAAAUAACCACUGCAACACAUUUGAUUUUAAUUAUCGAAAGAGGAUUGAACUAAGCAGACACACCGGAUUAUGUUGCGAUCGAGUCGGAUAGUACCGCGAACCAGGGAAGUGCAGCAGCCGCAGCAGUGCGUUGGAAGUGCAUAACCAGUGGAAAUGUUUUGUGUGGCGAAAUGGUCGCGUGACUGUGACUGUGUGUGUGUGUGUGUGAUCCGGCAGAAGGGAGUGAACAAGUGUGUAACACAAUUAAGAAAUUAAAUAAUUAGCUUAUUAAUGUUCUGAAGUGAUUGCCAAAUGCAUGCCGUGGCUCUGGCGUGAUGGAAGUGUAAUGAGAAGCGAAAAGUGUGUGUGUGUGCGCGUGUGUGUGACCGUUUAGUUUAGGCAAAAAAGGAUGCUCUUCGAAUGAAAUUGGGCGACGGCGAAUUAUAAAAGCGAUGAAUUGCUACGGUGCAUCAGUGACAGCCGGGCCUUACGGUGAUCCGGGAGCUUCCAAUUGCAUCCUGGAAGGUGCAGCCGGUGGACCACCACAAGAACAGUUUCACAACAAACCACCACCGCCCGGGAGUAGUGCUUGGUACGAUGUACCGCCGGGUUGUCCAAACAGUGAUCUUCCUGUGCUGGGUGGAAGUGCUAGUGACCAGAGCAGCAGUAAAGUGAUCGUGUCCAAUUGUAACAAUGUGUCUCCGUCCAUGUCCUCCGAUCCAACCAUCGGUCGAUAUUACACGCCAAGUGGUGGAACCGGUGAGCUUGGACAUCAUCCUUUCAUCGGCGGCAAUCGGUUAAUGGCGUCCGAUCAUCAUCGAUCCUCGCUGAUCUACGAAGGAAGCAAUGUGGAGCUUGGAUUCGGUGGUUUAACGAUCGAAGGUGAUGGAACGGCUGGAUUGAACGGCUCUAUACCGUCGACUGUGGAUAAGAAAGUCCGGCAUGGUGUCAAGGAUCGAUUCUUGAUGAGCAAUUUGCUGCAGUUGAACAGUUCGUCGAGUACAUCGGAUACUGGCGCUGGUGCUGGUGGUGCGCUGUUACCGACGGACUCAUCCAUUGCAGUGUCGACAGAUAAAGACGAUCUGGACGAUAGUCUGCACGGCAAAUCCGACAGCAGGGCGUCAAAGUCGUGCUCGCUGAAGAAACCCCGGCGCAAUCGAACGACGUUCACCACCAACCAGCUGACGGCGUUGGAGAAAAUAUUCGAGAAGACCCACUACCCGGACGCGUUCGUGCGGGAAGAGCUAGCAAACAAGGUUGGUCUUAGUGAGGCAAGAGUUCAGGUAUGGUAUUCGGAACAGCGCAGCUCGACAGCGACCAUUGACCAUUCGAAACACUCCUUUGCGCAGGUUUGGUUUCAGAACCGACGGGCAAAGUUCCGCCGGAACGAGCGCAGUGCUACAACGGGCAGUGGAAGUAGCACCAAAGCGGACGAUUUCUUCCAUCCCGGCUCCAUCCCGUCAGCGGGUGGGCUUGGGUUUGGUGUAGAAAAGCCAGACACAGGUCCCUACUCCUUAUCGUUUUCCACGUUGAGCUCCAUCUUUUCACCGGUCGUAUCACAACUGCAGCACCACCACCAUGCACAUCAUCCCGCCGGUCCGGUGAGAGGUGGACAGUUCUAUGGCCCAUACAAACCACCUUCCCAGCACGACGAGGCCAGCAGCUUCUGCAGCCAAUCGUAUCAGUUUCCGAGCCUAAAAUAUUUAAACAAUCUCCAGCAAACUUAAUGUGCCACAUAUUUAUGCCCGAUUAUAGGGAAUUUCUUUCUUUUUUUUGCACACGAAAAACACCAAAACCGAUACGAACGAACGCACCGAGCAAAUGAAGAUAAUAAAACUAUUGGUUCGAACCUUG